GGUUGAGAUUCAUCUUAUGCAUCCAAAUGUAGUAACCUUUGGUGUGAGUUUCUGUUGAAACUGUUGAAAAUAAGAAAUUCUUACCAUGGCACGAGGAGUUCCACCUUGGUAUCAUGGCAAGAUUUCAGCCGAUGAAGCGACAAAAAUUUUGGUAAAAUUCGGGCAACCGAGUGCCUUUCUACUCCGUGAUAGCCAGUACUCAGAGGCAACAUUUACUUUAUCUGUAACUGGUCCUCGACAAGAAAGAGAUGGCAAAUUCAACAUCCAGCACUACAGAAUAGUAAAGAAGACCAAUAACAGAUCGCAGUGGGAUAUACUCAGUUUUCCUUCUCGUAACGAACUACGUGAUUGCAUGCUACAACAAGCACCCGAAUCUCGAUUAAAGCUUGUUACUCCAGUUGAAAAGCCAUUGAUUGAGAAAUGGAAUUCCACUGACAAGCACUGGCGUGAUCGCAUAACAUUAUGCAAUGCAGACAGAGAUGUUAAGGAAGAAGUACCUGUGGAAACAAAAAAAAAACCAAGAAAAAGAACUGGGAUGCUCAAUUGCAUUCGACAAUUGUUUCGCUCGUCUCACGAUCACACUGACGACGAAGAUGACCAUAUUUACGCCACUAUUGAUGAUUUAACUCCAUCCUACUUCUAACAACAGGCUACUAAAUGGUAGAGGAACAUAUUUGGACAAUCCUGAAUAUAUGAACAAAAUAGAUGCACAACUUUUCUAAGUAUGGUAUAACAACAGCAAAAAUAACACAAAUGUUUGUAAUGUUGCCUGUAUAGAACUGUUCAUAAAAUUAUGCGUGACAUAAACAUCAUAAUGGAAUAACUGUAAACUCAAGAAAUUCUAAACUUAGACCAACUCUUUCAGGAAAAAUUUUCACUGUAAAAACUAACUCUUUCAUGCAUUUCACUGACGUUGCACUUAAAA